AUGUAUAGCUUCAUGGCAGGGGGUCUUUUCUGCGCCUCGGUCGGGAACAUCCUGCUGGUGGUUUGCACAGCCACUGACUACUGGGUGCAGUACCGGCUCCAGGGAGCCUUGGCCCACCAGGGCCUCUGGCGCUACUGUCUGGCGGGCAAGUGCUACAUGCAGAUGGAGAACAUUGGUAAGGACCACUGGGGGCGCUGUGCUGCAGGGGGCGGGGUGGCUGCAUCUGUGCGCUGGGCGAGCCGUCCCCUUCUAAACAGGAGCGGUUUUGAGUGUUUUCUCCCCGCUGCUCUAGCCUACUGGAAUGCCACCCGGGCCUUCAUGAUCCUCUCUGCCCUGUCCUGCUUCGCUGGCAUCAUCACGGGGAUCUUGUCCUUCGCCCACCGAUCCACCUUCGAGAAAUUCAACCGGUCGUUCGCUGCUGGGAUAAUGUUCUUCGUCUCCACGCUCUUCGUCCUGCUGGCUAUGGCUGUCUACACCGGAGUCACCGUCAACUUCCUGGGCAAGCGGUUCGGGGACUGGCGCUUCUCCUGGUCUUACAUCCUGGGCUGGGUUGCCCUGCUCAUGACCUUCUUCGCAGGGAUAUUUUACAUGUGCGCGUAUCGGAUGCACGGAUGCCAGCGCGUGGCUGAGACGCGUUAA